CAGUCGCAGCGAGGAGGAUACCAACGGUACCGUCGUCAGCGACGACGCGCAGCAGCAGCAGCAACAGCAACAGCAACAGAGUUACGUGUCCGGGCAGCGUGAACCGGAAGAGGAGGAGGACCUGGGAGCGGAGGAGGCGGCGGCCCAGGCAGCGGCGCAGACCCUGCAGAGCGGCGCCGAGGGCGCCGAUCCGGAAGUUCACAAGAGGGUCGCCGCGGUGCAGGUGCAGGUUCAGGGUAUGGAGGGUGACUGGCGCGCCUACUGCGAGCAUCCGCUCUCCGUAGCGACCGCGGCUAUGCUAAACCUUCAGCAGCAGCAUCAGUCGGCGGUGGCUAACCAUAGCGAUGAUCCCGCCGCGUCCUAUGUCUACGAAUACUACAAGCUGCCCGAAAAAACGGCAGAUGUCAAACUGCCGCCCACGCACGAACUCUGGUCCACGGGUGUGAUGGGCCAGAAGCUGCUGGUGCAGGAGGCGCCUGGCUCCGGUUCCGCCUCGACGAAUCGCAUGGAAGGCGGCGAAGGUGCCGGAGGGGGGGAGCUACACCACUUCCUCCAGUACAACCAGCAGUCCCACAGUCCCAGCCAGAGCCUGCAGGGUGGCCUUCCGCUUCCGUUGAGCCCGCAGCCCCUGCGACACGACGGUGCCUCGAGCGCUGGCAUCGUCGGGGUCAAGAGGGAACCGGAGGAUCUCAGCUCGUCGCGCGGGGGCCAGCAAUCCAGCAAACGGCACAAACAAGCACAGCCGGAGAGUCCCACACCGCCGGGAAUGUACCAUCAUCAUCAGCAUCAGUUGCAGGUGCAGCAGUACGGCAGCCCUUACGACCCCUACACGUCCUGCAGUCCGAGGCUGCAGUCGGCUGCGUACACGUCCACAUCAGGGACCGGGACCGGAAAUGGAACGGCGAAUCCGGGUAGCGGGCUCCAUCAGGAGGCGACGACGGUCUACGUCGCCGGCGACGCGCUACCACCGCUCGCGUCGUCGAGCUCCACAUCCUCGCUAUCGACCACGACCGCUUCGUACACGAGGUACGAGGUUGUGCCGAGCUCAUACGCUACGACACACGCGAUACGCUCGUCGUCGAGCAGCAGCAAAGUCCUGACCGUUGAUCUUCCCAGCCCCGACUCUGGAAUAGGCGCGGACGCAGUGACGCCCAGGCAAGACCAUCAUCCGACCACGGCUCUUCAUCAGUCCUCAUUCGACUACACAGAAUUAUGCCCCGGUGGGACUACAGCUGGAACGGCGGUGGUCCUCGAGAGUGGCGCGGUAAUACAUCAACCUCUGCAACUGCAACUGCAGCAGAGCCAUGCACAAGCGCAGGUGCAACGCAGUAGUCUGGUGGCGGGUGCGACAAAUCCGAAUCCAACUCCGAAUCCGCAGAGAUCGCGGCCUUGGCACGAUUUCGGCAGGCAGAACGACGCUGAUAAGAUCCAGAUACCGAAAAUUUUCUCGAAUUACGGAUUUAAGUAUCACCUGGAGUCGCCGAUCAGCACGUCGCAGCGCCGCGAGGACGACAGAAUAACGUACAUCAACAAGGGCCAAUUCUACGGGAUCACGUUGGAAUAUGUGUCCGAUCCGGACAAGCCGCUCCUCAAGGCAGGGCAGACAGUCAAGAGCGUGGUAAUGUUGAUGUUCCGGGAGGAGAAGAGUCCGGAGGACGAAAUCAAAUCCUGGCAGUUUUGGCACGGCAGACAGCAUUCCGUCAAACAACGGAUUCUCGAUGCUGACACAAAGAAUAGCGUCGGCCUGGUGGGCUGCAUAGAGGAAGUCGCGCACAAUGCGAUUGCCGUUUACUGGAACCCACUCGAAUCGUCGGCGAAGAUAAACGUGGCGGUGCAGUGUCUCAGUACCGAUUUCUCGAGUCAGAAAGGCGUGAAGGGUUUGCCGCUGCAUAUCCAAGUCGACACGUACGAGGAACCGCCGCCUCACGCGCACACAUACACGCCGCCUUCCCAUCGCGGCUACUGUCAAAUUAAGGUCUUCUGCGAUAAGGGAGCAGAGAGAAAGACGCGGGACGAGGAGAGACGCGCGGCUAAGAGGAAGAUGACGGCGACCGGCAGAAAAAAGCUCGACGAGCUUUAUCACCCCGUCACGGAGCGUAGCGAGUUUUACUCCAUGGUCGAUCUGCACAAACCGCCUGUGUUGUUCUCCCCGCCGGCCGAGCAUGCCAUCGAUAAGUUCUCGACGAUGGAGUUGUCGGGCUUCUACGGUGGUGGCGGCGGCGGGGGCGGGGGGGACACCGACACCUCGUCUCUCAGUAACGGUGAAGGUGGAGGAUUAAAGGCGGCGGGGGGUAGCAGCCCCUAUCCGGCGGCAUGCGGCCGGCCAAGUCUGCCGGCCCUCAAGUUCCACAACCACUUUCCGCCCGACAAUCUCAGUAGCCUGCACGACAAGAAGGACUCGUUGCUGAUGCAGGUGCAGGAGCUGCAGGGCUCGGUGCUGCAGGGGGUGCAACAGGCCGGCCUGACGGGCGCGGUGGUGUCCAGCGUCGGUAAUCGGCUGCACCUGCAACAGCAGCCGCCGCAUCUGCGCCCGACGGACGCCGAGGAGCGCGUCAUGCUUUACGUGCGUCAGGAAUCGGAAGACAUCUACACGCCAUUGCACGUCACCCCGCCGACGGUUCAAGGGCUGCUCAACGCUAUUGAGUCAAAGUACAAAAUUGCAUCCUCGAGUAUUAAUAACCUCUAUCGCAAAAACACAAAGGGAAUUACAGCGAAAAUUGACGACGACAUGAUUCGAUAUUACGUCGACGAGGACCUGUUCCUGUUGGAGGUGAGUCACUCGCGGAUCAAUCCGGAUAGCGAGCGCAAUCCGAACAAUCCGGGCUCGCCGGGCGAUCCUGGCGAUCCGGGUGAUCCUCCCGCCGGAUACGAUGUCACUCUCAUCGAACUACCGCAUCUACCGCACUCACCCCUCGCCAAUUCCACGCAUGCACACGUGCACGUUCACGACAACAGUAACACGUGAACCCGAACGAGAAGCAUUUGUGUAAAUACGCUAUGUAAGCUUGACGAAGACUGAUAAUUCGGGACAAUGAAGGAUCAGCAACAUCUUGCAUCGAAUAAUGAUGAUUGCUAAAUCGGCAACGAAUGUUCUCGCGCCACGUUGAAGAUUAUUGUAUAGUUUAGUCGAUGAUGGUGCCAAGGAUGUUCAUCGAGAGAGCAUACAAGUAGCAACGUGUUAAUUAUCAUUCAGUAAGGACAAUCAAGAAGAAGAAAGAAGAGGAUAUCAGAAGAAUAAGCAAAUUUUCAACGUGAUAGUUGAAGAAGAAUCGGCAUCUGUUGGAUUCUGACCGUAUGAUCGUAGUAUAAUAUCACAGUCGAAGCCUGUAUCUUAGCAGACAAAUAUUUUGUAAUAUUUCUUGACGCAUGUUAGAGUUUUGGUGAACGUUUCGCCUAAUAAUUAUCGUUUCUAUGAGACUUCAACCCUUUCAUGUUUCGCGGAACAUAUAUAUUUUUAGAACAUUUAAAAAAUCAUAUCUCCUAAGUAUGAAAUAUACCUAAAACGUCAUUGUGAACUCGAGAGCAACUCAAUAGCGCAGAACGAAGCUACGCGAUAUAAAUCCAAUUGAUAAAAUAUCGAAAGUGUUGAAACGGUUGAUCCGCGACAUUACCACGCGAUAAUUGUCCAUUUUUAGUUGCAAUUUACGUUUCGUCAAUUCGGGCAGAAGGAAGGGGACCGGACAAGACAUUCUCUUAUCAACACCCCGCAAUCACGGUCCAACGUCAUCAACCUCGGCGACGAUGAUAACGCAUGGCUUUCUGCUGAGAUUUGAAUUGGCACGCGCGAAUAUAUCGAGGAUACGCGCACUAAUACCAAUCGUGUGCGGCCGCGAGUAGUUUUUAGUCAAUGUAAAUAUGGCCUCGCGACACAUAGUACGGCGCUCCGAGAAGUCGAGAAAACUCCGACAAAGUCAAAUAGUUAUUAUGAAGCUCAUCAGAUCGAAAUUUGUAUUUCAAAUAACAUAUCUCCGGUAGAUAUUCAGUCAUUAAGGAGCUCAAUUAGAACUUAUUUUAAAGAAAAUUGUUUAAGUUGUAAUAAAAAAAGAUAAAAUAUGUAAUGUAACUAUAAGUGAAAUAGGUUUCCGAAACGGAUCACUCCUUCAUUCAUAACUUUCGAUUGUCCAAUCAACUUUUUAUAAAAUCAAAGUAUGAGGCUCGGGAUCGAACUUGGAAUACUUAAUAGACAGUUAAACUAGAUACUUGAUUAGAUAUUUGACUAGACAGAAUGAACUUGAAAUAGUAGUAAGAUCCGAAAGUUGGAUUAAUCGUGAAAAGUACACAGCGUUACCUUUGCGUGGGAAUUAUUUCAACUGAGAAAAUAAUAUAAAUUCCGAUAAUAUACGUUUAAUAUAAUAUUUAUAUAUACAUUGCAUAUCAUAAUAUUUAUAUUAAAUAUUAUGUAUCAAUAUGAUGUUUAUAUUAUAUGUAAGAUGACAUUUUGGAGGUUCUUGUAUUUCAAUGAUAGAGGAAUAUGACGGUGCUAUUGGCUUGCGCGCUUUAGAUCAGGUCGACAACUUUUGGACUUUACUACGUAAUUCUUAUCAAUGUACAUUUUGUUAUAUUUUUUAUUUUAUUUUGUAAACUGAAUCUGCAUUGAAAAUACUUGCGACAUUGCGACUAUGAAAAACCAUGUCUCAUAAUCAGUACAAAUCAUGAAAAAUUAUUUCAGACCAUGUGUCAGUACAAACUUUUGUUAAAUUUGAAUAUAUUUUAUCUUUUAUGUUGCCUUAUGGAUAUCCGGUUAUUUCGGCUUUAUUAUAUUUGAUGUCUUUAUUGUAUUAUAUCUUAUGUCUUUAUUGUAUUUAGCAAUUUCGAAAACCUUCAAAAAUAAUUAAACUAAACAUGUUCUUUCUCUUAAAUAAGAAAGGGUUAAAUGAUCUCAUAGAUUGUCAUAGAAUAUAGAUGUAUGGGCUUCGACUCGACUGGAGUAAAUCGAAUGUGCAAGAAUGUAUGACAAAUGUCGCUGGCCGUAUGAAAAGCGACACGUUACAUAUCAUUUGUUUUCGUCCCAUGAACGAUUUAUAUUGAUGGUUGUUAGCUUAGGAUACCGAAGCGUCGUGUUGCAAAUGCGAACGCCAUGUAAAUCAAUCAAAAUUGAUUUAAGGAUCCCGGUAUGUGUUAAGCAUACGUAUAUUGUAAAUGCAUUUGAGAGAGACGCCCAUUCGUCUCUAUUAAUUUGUAUCUUAAUUUGCACGCCGACAUUUAGGCUCUCAAUUUAAGCAUGUUUAAGAAACGCGUCGCAUUACUGCCGUCGAUCUUACGAAUUGUCAUCUUCGAAAGCCGACAAAUUCGUAUAUGUAUGCACGUGUCGUCCUUUCACAUAAAUGACUCCGAAUGUUUGUGUUAGUCAAUGACAGAAGCGAACCGCUGCUUUCUCUGUUUUCGCGUCUUAUUCGAUUCUACCCAUAAUUUUUUAAACGAUAUCGAUUCCACGAGAAGUUGUAAAAUAUGCGCGAAACGCAUAAAAACAAAAAAAAAAAAUUCGAAUCUCAUCAACAACCCGUAAAACGUUAAUCGACACUUUCUUCUCAUUUGGCCCGUUGUCGCUAACGAGACUUUUAUAGCUUCACAUUUACGAGCGCCGACGUAUUUACGCGCGUGCAUGAAGACGUCGCGCGAUUUCGUAAUGCCACUGUCAGUCGCAAGCCGAUCAUCGCGCACGAAUAAACGUCGGCUUGAAGUGGAAAUCUUGCCGUGUGUAUGAAAAAAGAAAACCAUUUAAGAAAAAAUCCAUGAAGCCGCGAGCGCGGAUCUCCCUGUGCCGCAUUCUCUGCCAUGUCAUGCUCGAGAUAGCAUCGAGAAGCCACGACUUUUUCUAAGUCUUAAGACUAAUAAGAGUAAUAUAAUCACGCUAUACAUGUAUCCGUAUAAUCUCUUUACACGCGCGUAAGAACUCGGUCCAGACGUUGGAGGAUAAGAUGGCGAUUCAAUAUCUCGAAACUAAAGUGACGUUGUUCCCUGCAAGAGAAGAAAAAAAGCAUCAUACGCAUUUAUUUCUUUUAUCUCUGAGGUACAGAAUGAUAAAUGAAACUGUCUUUCUACGUCUCUGGAGUAGAAGAAAACGCCAUUAUAUGUAUAUACUUUUACAUACAAAAAUCUUCAUUACAUUUUAUAUUUCAUUCUCAUAUAAAAGUCUGUCGAGAAUAGAUUGCGCAGUGUUCGCUACAAAUUUCAUCAGCAGAGAUGCUACAGAUUUUAUUUCAGAUCUGGCGUAUACGAUGCUGUUAGCAGAACAUUGGCAGACAUAUAGAAACAAGGUGACAACAUUUUGUUUGCUAUGUUUGCCGUAUGUGCUACUGUUUGCAUAAAUGCUACAAGCUGGCAGAUUGAUGGCAAAAAUAAAAAUUUUGAUUUUUUAUUUGCUACAACAGUCUGACGCGGAUUGGUAAUAGAGACGGAGCAGAUAAUCCAGAUUAGAUGGAACCUGUUCGGUUUUUGCUGCCAAUCUGCUGUCAAGUUAUGUCAGUAGGCAUUGUCGGCAAAAUAUGAGCUCAAUACGGACACGGUUGAUACCAAUUGAUUAGCAAUCGAGCGAAUUUGUUACCAAUCUGUAUACUGCAGACAGUUUGUUUUUUACUGGGAUCAUUUUUAUUUAUAUUAUAAUUUUUAUACAUUAUUUUUAUACAUACGAGUAUACCUUGAGUGCUUCCACUUUCGAGAUAUUGAUUCGGAAUCUGUGCGAGAUAAGAACUCGUGCCGAUCGCCUACAACGAGGACCCACCAUUGCACUCGAGCAGUAAUGAGUUCACAACGUCGUCGAAACGAUGUGGAACGAAAGACAACCGAGCACGAUAUCGGUACCAAUAAUCCGUGGUUAUGUAGUUCGUAAGGUAAAAUUUGAAGUAAACGUUAAUAUGUGCCACCGACGAAAGCGAGUCGCUUGCCAGCUUAUACUGCGCAUUCGAGAUGCACGAUUGCGCGUAUAUAUAUAUAUGCCCAUCACGCGUGGAGAGACAAUACGGAUACCCAUUGAUCUGCAUACGAGUACAUAUACAGAAAUAAGACAAAUAUACACGUAUCUGUUGCCAAUUAUGUUAGAACCGUUGGAUUAGUGCAGAAUCACGGUUACGACACUUUUCUCGUUUGAUGUUAAUCAUAUUAUGUACGUCGAUACAUACCCAUAUCAAAGCAACGAUCAAAAUACGCUUGUAAAAUGCCUUAUUAUUAUUGAGUACUAUUUUUUGUUACAUUUAUUGCAAGCAGCAUGUAGAUGGAUAUUAUUAAUUUUAUGGAUUUUAUUAAAUUACG